AUGAGGUACUUGGAGGGGUUCCUUCCCAUGAGCCGAUGUCCUCAAGCCCCUGCAGAGAAGCUGAAGCUGGGGAACAGUAUAGAUGCCUCCCUAGACCUCUGGUCCAGAAGUGAUGUUCAGACCUGCACUGACUGGGGAGCACCUGUGAUCUGGGAUGGGAUGUUUGACCCAGAUCAUUACGACCAGGAACACAGGAAAAACCACUCAUCUGUCUCUCUCACUGUAUUCGCUGUGGGCAGGUAUCUAGAUGCCUACCUGAAGGCAUUCCUUCUCUCUGCUGAGCGUCACUUUAUGGUGGCUUUACCUGUGACAUACUAUGUGUUCACGGACGUUCCCGAGAGGGUACCAGACAUCCAUCUUGGUCCUAGGCGUAGCCUGAAAGUUGUGAGGGUGCAGAGACAAUCUCGCUGGCAGGACAUCUCCAUGAUGCGUAUGAGGGCCAUCGCAGAUGCCAUCGAGUCACAGAUUCGUCACCACAGCCACUACGUCUUCUGCUUUGACGUGGACCAGGUGUUUGUGGGUCGGUUCGGCUCCGAGGCUCUGGGAGACUCUGUUGCUCUGCUCCACGCCUACUACUACCACCGACCACAGAGCCUGUACACCUAUGACCGCAACCCCAGGUCCAGGGCCUACAUGGAGACUGGGGACUUCUACUAUCAUGCUGCUGUGUUCGGAGGCUCGUGGCGAACUGUGAAGAAUAUGACGGAGACCUGUUACCAGGCCAUCAUGGAGGACAAGGAGAACCAGGUGGAGGCUCUGUGGCAUGACGAGAGUCACCUCAACAAGUACCUGUGGCUCCAUAAGCCCAGCAAAGUGCUGUCUCCAGAGUACUGCUGGGACAGGAACAUUGGCUACCGUGGUGACAUACAUGUGGCCCGCCUGCUCUGGUCAGAGAAGAAAUAUGACACACUCCGGGUUACAUAGUGAGUAAUCAGAACCUGUGUGCAAUAAUCUAAUGAGCAAAAGCCCCUGAAGCUUCAAACAUGGUCCACAGUACGGAGCUGUGAUAGUCUACAGCCCAAUGUGAUUUAUGCCCAUGCCUUGUUCAAAGCAAUGAGGCUUGUAAAUGUGUCACAAUGGGCUGUCAUACUAUUAGAACUGUGGAAUCUUUGGCUUGUGUGUUGAAACGGGAUGCUGCAAGAAGUGCGUUUCUUGGUUCUCCUGUGUCGCUUCCGUUGUCUGGCGGUAUUGUCUCUCCACCCACUGCUGUCUGUGGCUGGCUGGGAUUGAACAAAUGGGGAAAUAGACUAU